UGUUAUAUAGUGUCUCUUAUUCUCAAAGUGGUGCAGAACAUCUUCCUCUGGAGUUAACGAAACGCUAGCACCUGAGAGAGAAGUUGUCCCUCUUUGCUUGAUCGAUAGACCACGAUGGCUCCCGUCGCCAGUUCAUGCUGGGCUUUGGUGGUGGUGUUCCUUGUCGCCCGCGUCUUCCCGGCAGCCGCCACCAGCUUCACAGUCGGCGACAAGUCCGGCUGGACGCUUGGCGUCGAUUACACCACCUGGGCCAGCGGCAACACAUUCAAAGUCGGGGACAAUCUUGUAUUCAACUACGCGAAGGGGCAGCACACGGUGGUGGAGGUGAGCGCGGCCGACUACCUGGCGUGCGCGGCGGCCAACCCGCUCGGCUCCGACAGCAGCGGCGCGAGCACCGUGCCCCUCAAGACCGGCGGCAAGCACUACUUCAUCUGCAGCAUCACCGGCCACUGCGCCGGCGGCAUGAAGCUCGAGGUGACCGUCUCCGGCUCCGGCUCCGGCUCCUCCUCCCCGUCGUCGCCGACACCCACCCCAAGGUCCCCGAACACGCCGUACACGAGCCCGACCCCGACCACCCCGACGCCGACCACACCGUACACGACUCCUACAACGCCAUACACGACGACGCCGACGUCUCCGUCGUGCACGGGCACCACACCUGGCACGACCCCGGUAACGCCGGUGACGCCGGGCACCAUGCCGUUCUAUUAUUACAAUGGCGCCGGGCGGCUCGCGCCGGUGGGGUGGGCUAGCUUUGCCUUGGUUUGCACCGCGAUUGUGCAGCUCGGACUGUCAUAGGCUAGCGAGUAGCUCAGCCAGGAUGGAGGCAGUGCUGCUCUUAUAUAUAGGACACCCCGUGUCUGCACUCUGCACCGUGUUAAUUUGUUCUUUGUGGUGCUCAUGGUUUCAUUAAUUUGGAUGAAA